GCUCAAAGUUCUUCUUCCCUGAAGUUCGUGGAGUGGAGCUUGUUCUUCGUGUGUUUGUUUGAUGAAAAUAUCAAAAAUGGAGAAGCCUGUUCGAAGACAGUUGCUGAACAUACUGGAUGAUUUAGGAAAAAAGGAGCUAGAACGUUUUCACUGGCACCUGCGGAUUGGACCCGGAGGUGAUUUCAUGACCAUUAAAAAGAGCCACCUGGAGAAAGCAGACACAAUGAGAGUAGUGGAUCUUAUGGUGGGAACAUAUACUACUGGCCGUGUGAUGGAGGUGGCGGAGUUGAUUUUAAAGAAGAUUAAAAAAGGUCAUUCAGAGAAAGAAGAAACAAACAAACAGUGCGGAAGUCCCUCAGUCCAGGAAGCUUCAUUGCUUUUAUCAGAAUCAGAAGGAAGUCCCUCAGUCCAGGAAGCUUCAUUACUUUCAUCAGAAUCAGAAGCAGAAGUGGGGCCGAUGGAGGUUUGCCCGGUGCUGCAGCGGUCAUGUCAGUUGGGGGUUCCUGAGGUGUGUCAGCAGGAACUAAAGUCUAAGCUGAAGAAGAAGCUCCAGUGCAUGUUUGAGGGGAUCGCUAAAGCAGGAAACCCAACCCUUCUGAAUCAGAUCUACACAGAGCUGUACAUCGCAGAGGGAGAGACUGCAGAGGUCAAUGAUGAACAUGAGGUCAGAGAGAUUGAAAAAAUUGAGGAGUUGUGGUUCAUCAGAGGUCAGCUGUCUGAUCCCAGCUCUGAAUACCAACUCCUCCCUUCAGAAACAUCUGAAGCAUCUGGACUUGAGUAG